AAAAAGGGCAAUAGAGAGUGAAGGGUGUUUGCUUGGAGGAGGGGUCGAGAUCAGGCGACAAUGACGAUGCUCCAAACACCCUCCUCCCCUCUUAUUAUAUAAACACCCUCAUUUCCUUUCUUUUUCUUCACUAAAAUCCUCGAAUCCCUCAUCUUUGUCUUUCUUCAAAUUUUCUUCGUUUUUAUUUCUGAUUAUCAGUAACCAUGUCUUGCUACAAGGGAAAGUACGCCGAUGAGCUCAUUGCCAAUGCUGCAUACAUUGGCACCCCUGGCAAGGGCAUCCUCGCAGCUGAUGAGUCCACCGGCACAAUCGGCAAGCGUCUCUCGAGCAUCAACGUUGAGAACGUCGAGACCAACAGGAGGGCCCUUCGCGAGCUUCUCUUCACCACCCCUGGUGCCCUUCAGUACCUCAGUGGCGUCAUCCUCUUCGAGGAAACUCUGUACCAGAAAACCGCAGCUGGCAAACCCUUUGUUGAUGUCCUGAAGGAAGGCGGUGUCCUCCCCGGAAUCAAGGUCGACAAGGGCACGGUCGAGCUCGCCGGCACCAACGGCGAGACCACGACCCAGGGCCUCGACGGGCUCGCCCAGCGCUGCCAGCAGUACUACAAUGCCGGGGCCCGCUUCGCCAAGUGGCGGGCCGUCCUCAAGAUUGGGCCCAACGAGCCCUCCCAGCUCGCCAUCAACGAGAACGCCAACGGGCUGGCCCGUUACGCCAUCAUCUGCCAGGAGAACGGGCUUGUCCCAAUCGUCGAGCCCGAGAUACUCGUCGACGGGCCCCACGACAUCGACAGGUGUGCAGAUGUAACCGAGCGUGUCCUUGCGGCCUGCUACAAGGCCCUCAACGACCAUCACGUUCUUCUCGAGGGUACCCUUCUGAAGCCCAACAUGGUGACUCCAGGGUCGGAUGCUGCCAAGGUGGCGCCUGAGGUGGUGGCCGAGUACACUGUUCGGGCCCUGCAGCGCACGAUGCCGGCUGCAGUUCCAGCUGUGGUGUUUUUGUCGGGCGGGCAGAGUGAAGAGGAGGCCACCCGCAAUCUCAAUGCCAUGAACAAGCUCAAGACCAAGAAGCCGUGGAGCCUCAGUUUCUCGUUCGGGAGGGCCCUGCAGCAGAGCACACUCAAGGCAUGGGCUGGCAAGGAAGAGAACAUUCCGAAGGCUCAGGCUGCGUUCUUGGCCAGGUGUAAGGCGAAUUCUGAAGCGACGCUUGGGACUUACCAGGGUAGUGGGAGUCUGAGCGAGGGUGCGUCUGAGAGCCUCCAUGUCAAGGACUACAAGUACUAGGUUUUUUUUGAUCUGGUUGCGUAUUUUUAUGCUCGAUGGCUCGUGUUUUGUUUGAUCUUCGUAGACUUUUUGCGAUUAUAAUAAGGUUGGUUUGAGGAACAUCAGCAGCUAUUGAGUGAGGAUUAUUUUUUUUGGGUGUUAUUAUCGUCGGCUCUAUAGUGUGUUUUAACUAAUCUCUGGCCAUUGGUGGCAAUUUGAUUUGCUUUAUCGUAUGUUCGAAUUUGAAUUGAUAUCAUUGAAUUUUGGAGCAAUUUGAUUUGCUUUAUCUUAUGUUCGAUUUUGAAUUGAUAUCAUUGAAUUUUGGAGUUACAGUUGUGUUUUGCAUAA